AUGCAUCUCUUUGCACCGCAGCUGAACUUGCGCUAUCGAUCGGCCGGAUCCGUCCAACUCCUAGAUCUACCAGAGAAAUCAUUCACGUCAGCUGAAACACGCAGGCGGAGGAGGCUUCGCGGAGCAGGAAGGGCGCAGAUUAGAGGAUGCCCAGAUUGUGGUGCAGCUACCAAUAGCUGUGCACCAUCGCUGGUAAGCAGGGAAAAAAGGAAUACUUUUCACAAACCUGUCACCAUGAAUCUUCCACAAGCCAUGGGAGCCAUUACCGGCUUGAACGAGUGUGCUACCUUUAUUCAGUGGGCCAAAUCAGCCUUUUCUUUUCUGCGCUCCAAGUGGAGCAGCCGAGAGGAGCAAAAGCUUGCAGCAGAGGUAUUGUGCUUAGAAAGUAGCCUUCAGGGCCUCAGAGAAGCAACUCUUCCUGCAAUGUAUGAUCUCGUUGACCGAGCAGAGUGGACGAGCCACGUCAGCAAUGUAGCGGAGCACCUUCCAGCACUCAAGGAUGCGGCGUACGACGCUGAGGACCUUCUUGAUGAGUUUAAAUGGUAUGAGCUAAAGAUGCAAGUGGAGAAUAAUGCAACUCAACCUCCUUCUGUUGAAUUCUUUAACAGUGUUGUUCAGGGCAGCUUCAGCAGAGUGGAUGACAUUCAAAAAAGGCUAGAUACUCUUUCUAGUGAGCUGGAAAAGACGGGUCUACGUGCAGUACCACAGAGAUUUGAUGAAUCAAUCCGACCAAAGACCAGUUCUUUCCCCACUGAAAAAAGGAUUUUUGGUCGUGACAAGGAAUUGAAGGAUUUGAUUUCACUGCUUUGUGUGCCCUUGAAUGGUGGCGUGGUUUGUCCUAAACCCAGGAGAAUAAUGGAAAAUUUAACUAUUGCAUCAACUAGUAACCAAGCUACUGUACCAGGUGGUAAUGGGCCAGUGAUGACAAGUGUUUCUGUCCUGCCAAUAGUUGGAAUUGGAGGUAUUGGAAAGACUACAUUAGCACAACAAAUCUCCAAGCAUCCAGAGGUGAAUUCCCACUUCAAAAAGAUCGGGUGGCAAGCUCUCGUAAGACAAUUGAACAAAGAAAGGUUUUUGAUCAUCCUUGAUGACAUGUGGGAUGAUGCCUUGAAUGGACAAUGCUGGGAGGGUUUCUGUGCACCCCUCACAAAUGUUGUUCAGGGAAGUAUGUUGUUGGUGACCACAAGGUCUCAGAAGGUUGCUGAUAGAGUGGGUACAAUGGAGUCUUUUCCACUGGGUAGCUUGAAUAAUGAGGACUUUUGGGAUUUUUUCAAACAAUGUGCCUUUGGGUCUGAUGCUUCUCACAUUUAUCCCGAGUUAGAGCAGAUUGGUAGAGGCAUACUUGGGAAGUUAAAGGGCUCUCCGUUAGCUGCAAAAACUCUUGGACGUUUGUUAGGAAUGAAGCUUGACACCAGACACUGGAGCGGUAUAUUAGAGAGUGAACUAUGGCAGCUUAGGCAAGAGGAGACUGACAUUUUGCCAGCUCUUCGGUUGAGCUAUGUGUAUUUACCAUUCUACUUGAAAAGAUGUUUCUCAUUCUGUGCUGUCUACCCCAAACACUACAAUUUCGAAAAGGAAAGUCUAGUUGAAUUGUGGGUAGCGGAAGGCUUUGUGGUACCUGAAGGCAACAUUCCACUCCAAGAAAUUGGUUCUCGGUACUUUGAAGACCUUGUAAAUAGGUCCUUUCAGAUUCUCGAUUCUAAGUACGUAAUCCAUGACCUGAUUCAUGACAUGGCACAACUUGUUUCAAAGGAGGAUUGCUUCAUCAUAAAUAACACAAGCGACAUUCAAAAUGUUCCUCAGAAUGUUCGCCAUCUGUCGAUACUGCAAAACAGUGAUGUGGACGGUAAUGACCUGCUGAGGCUAAGCAAGCAUCGAAAGUUGCACACCCUAUUUUGCAACAAGUCUUUAAGUAUUCUUUUCUAUGGAAAGUCUCUAAGGAUUGAUAACAGUGCUGUAUUGGAGCACUGGUUUAGUGAACUUGGACGCUUGCGGGUCAUUAUUUUUGCCUCCAUAAGGGCAUUACCAAAGAAUAUGUCCAACAUGAAGCACCUUUGGUACCUUGAAAUCUCCAAGAAUUGUGUUUCGAAGAGCCUCCCGUCAGAGUUUUGUUGCCUCUACAAUAUACAAAUAAUAUAUGCUAGGAGGUGCAAAUUCCAACACUUUCCUGGUGGUUCCACUAAGUUGAUCAACCUACAGAGAUUUGAGUCGGCGACGUAUCAAUUUUGUCAAGAACAUGCUUUGCCAAUUCAUGCAAGUGCUACUGCUAGGCAGGGAAACCAACUUAGGCUUUGUGAUUAUCAAGGUGCAUCUCUUCCAAACUCGAUUAAUCCAGAAAACUUUGCCAACAUAACGUUACUUUCAAUCCACAAUUGCAAUGGAUUAAAGAGCAUAUCGGUUUCUCGGAACUCACAACAAACAAACCUAAAUGUGAUACCAGCGGUGCUCUUUAAUAACAUGGUAGUAGGCGACAACAUCGGUACCAGCACUUUCUCUUACCUUGUUGAGCUAACAAUUGAGAAGUGCCAAGACCUAUCAAGCCUAGAGCACUUUCUAAGUCCAGAUUAUAUACCUGCCAUCAAGAAGAUAGUAAUUGCAGACUGCCAAAAUAUGGAAUAUGUGCCAACAGGAAGUUUUGGAGAUUUUCGUUUCCUUGAGGAAUUGAAUUUCUGGAAUUGCCCAAAGAUCAAAUCAAAACGUCUAAGGGCCCCAUCCCUAAAGAUGAUAAAGCUGAAGAACUCAGGGAAUGUCGGAGGCUAUAUUGAUUGUGGUUCCCUCACCAUCUUGCAUUUAACAGGUUGUCCUUUGGCUGCCAUGGAGCUACGAAAUUGGGGUCUUCCAUCACUGCAGGAGCUCAAGAUCAGUAAUUGUGCAUUUCAGACAUGCACUAGGAGUGCUCGUUUCUGCCCUUUCCAUUGGCUUUCUUUUGAAGAAUAUUGCUGCACUUUCUCAUCCCAAAGUGAUAUAACAAUUGAGAAUUGCCAAAAUUUAUCAAGCCUGGAACAAUUUCUAGAACCAGCUUAUAUACUUGCAAUCAAGAAGAUAGUAAUAGGUGAUUGCAGAAAUGUGGAAUUCGUCCCAACCGAAAGAUUUGGAGAUUUGCAUUCCCUUGAAGUACUUGAGGUGCUAUGCUGUCCAAAGAUCAGAUCACAACGACUGUUUUCCCGAUCCCUGAAGCAGCUCAAGCUUGUAGAUUCCGGGAAUCUCAGAGAUGAUAUUGAUUGUGGGUCUAUCACCAGCUUUGACUUAUUCCGUACCCAUCAGGUAUCCAUCGAUCUACAAAAGUGGAGUCUUCCAUUACUACAGCAGCUCAACAUCCGUGAUUGCGCAUCGCUGACGACAAUUAUUGGAGGCAGUGUUGCUAAAUUCCCGUUACUCACCCAACUUACCAUUGAGUCCUGCAGCAAGCUCGAAGCUCUUGAUGACAUCCUCCUCUCUCUCCAUGCCAUCGAAUGUAUUAAUAUUAGCCAAUGUGGAUCCCUGUCAACCCUGCUCGCUGAACAAUUUGGGAGUUUUCCUCUUCUGAAGGAUUUGUCCAUUUGGGCCUGUCCAAAUCUCGACUGGAAAAAUGGGAUGGUGCUACCAUCGUCCCUCCAAAGGCUCUGCUUAGAUGAUUGUGGGGAUUUAUCUGCCUCAUUUCCUGGCUUCCUGGAGAACCUCACCUCCCUCGAAUUACUGGACAUGAGUUGUUGCAAAGGCAUUGUAUCCAUUCCAGCACGCCUGUGGGGCAAUAAUCUUGUAUCACUCCAGGAAUUGCUGAUUGUCGGUUGUCAAGACCUCGAAAAAAUUGGACAGGAAGCAAUUGCAAACAUAAAAAAGGUGUACAUUGUCAACUGCCCAAAGUUGAUGGAAGUGAACCAGCCACUGAUUAGAGGCGAUAUCAAUAAGAGGUAA